GAAAGGAAAGGACCAGGAAAAAACACAAGAGGGAAAGAAAAAAUCAACUCGAAAGUUGUAACCCUCUCCGGCCGCCUGCAAUGGCGACCGCACUGACGCGGACGCGGACGCGGACGCGGUGGUCGGCGCUGGCGGCGAGCGCGUUGAUCCAGUGCUUCGCGGGGAGCUCCUACUGCUUCGGCGUCUACUCGCCGGCCCUCAAGGCCUCCCAGGGUUACGACCAGUCCGCGCUCGACGCCGUCGCCUUCUUCAAGGACGUCGGCGCCAACGCUGGCGUCCCCUCGGGAUUCCUCGCCGCAUGGGCGCCCGCGGGCCGCCGGCGCCCGUGGCUCGUCCUCCUCGCCGGCGCCGCGCUCUGCGCUGUCGGAUACCUCCCCAUGUGGCUCGCCGUCGCGGGGAUCGUGCCCGCGCCGCUCCCUCUCAUGUGCGUCUACAUGCUGCUCGCCGCCCAGGCGCAGACCUUCUUCAACACCGCCGACGUCGUCACUGCCGUCGAGAACUUCCCCGGUCGACGAGGCACCGUCAUCGGCAUCAUGAAGGGUUUUCUAGGCUUAAGUGGUGCAAUACUUGUCCAAAUAUACCACACUCUCCAUAUUGAUCCCAGCACUUUCAUACUGAUGCUGGCAGCCUUGCCGACAGCCAUCACAUUGAUGCUCAUGUAUUUUGUCGACGUCCACAACACACAUGAACGGUACAGCAAGAAAUUCCUUGAUGCUUUCUCUCUCAUCGCCGUUACUGUUGCUGGGUACCUAAUGGCUUUCAUAAUCUGUGAUCAAGUCUUCAUCAUAAGUUCAGCUGUGCAGAGUGUUUGCUCUGUGAUACUCCUGCUACUACUUUUGUCUCCAGUAGCUGUUGUUGUAAUGGCCCAAAAGUCAGAACCAAUACAGCAUGAAGAAUCAACCUCAGAACAAAGAAUUCGAUUACUUCAAGAAGAGGAUGCAGAGGAUUCUGUGAGUGCCCGCUCUACUACUGCACCCGGGGGAUCUAACCAAUACCUGUCUGACGGAAAAGAAAACCUGAAUCUACUACAGGCCAUGUGCAAACUGAACUUCUGGUUGCUCUUUCUCUCAAUGGCUUGCGGGAUGGGAUCAGGUCUCGCCACUGUGAACAAUAUCAGCCAGAUCGGCGGCUCCCUUGGUUACACAACCAAGGAGACCAGCACACUUGUGUCACUCUGGAGCAUCUGGAACUUCUCAGGGAGGUUUGGUGCAGGCUUCAUCUCCGACCAUUUCCUUCGCCUGCGAGGAGUUGGCAGGCCAUUCUUCAUAGGCGUCACACUAUUGAUCAUGAGUGUGGGUCACGCCAUCAUCUCCUCCGGUCUCCCCACAUCGCUCUACAUUGGUUCAGUGCUUGUCGGCCUGUGCUACGGGUGUCAGUGGGCUCUGAUGCCGAGCAUAACGUCUGAGAUCUUUGGGCUAAACCAUUUUGGCACCAUCUUCAACAUGGUGGCUGUUGCAAGCCCUGUUGGUUCUUACAUCCUCUCGGUGCGUGUUGUGGGUUACAUAUAUGACAUGGAGUCUCCACCAGAUGAGCAUGCCUGCCUAGGUAAUCAUUGCUUUGCGCUCUCUUUCAUGAUCAUGGCCGGUGUCUGUGUGUUCGGGUCUGCUGUCGCAUUUGUGCUGUUCAUCAGAACAAGGAAGUUCUACAGGCGGGUUGUAUAUGCGAGCUUGCAGUCCUUUCUAGAGAAAUGAGUAGUGCUUGUAUAAGAUAACAUAAAUUAUGUUCAUACUUUUACAAGUACAUCAUGUCAGCAUUUGUAUAGCCUGAGCAUCCCCCCUCCCAUCGUACCUUUGCUCUACCACUAGGCUUGAUGUGUGGGUGUGGCUCCUAUACCUAUACAACCUGAUUUUGCGAAUUUGCGAUUGAGAAAUGAAAACCAUAUUGCCUUAGCCUAUAUGUACAUCUUGGAUCGAUUCACAGUAUGUUUAUGAGAUGAAGAUAAAGUGCCACAGUUGCCUU